CCCACCCUCUCCACUGACCGUAAGCGCAGACGUAGAAGUGGUUCGACAACCUGGCGAGUGAACUCUGCGUGAGGAAGACAAGUGUGAUAUGAAGUUAUGAUGGAGUUGUUCCGCUCUUUGGAUACCGACUGUAAGAACGGGGGACUCGAGCCGGACCAGGCCACGCGCUGAACUCCCACCAGGAACUAACGGGAUUUGUUUUUACUGCGUUUCUCUGAGGAAAGUAGAGCCGAGCAGGUUUGGAGAGCUCUUCCUGUUACAAAGUCGGCGGUCCCCAAGUUUGCUUUAUGUUAUGGUAAAGGCUGGCUAUUCGUGUGCUUCCCAUAAGACCGUGAGCAUGGAUACUUUGGCGCAAUGGGAUGCGGGAUUUCCUGCGGAAGUGCCGCAAAGUUGCGGUGAGACGCCGUUAUUGGAGUUUUGGGCUUAAUGCGAACUGGACAGCUCUGAAACUUGUCGUAAAACACUGGUUGGCUGGACUGAAUGCUCCUUUCCUGCUAUUCUUCUCCGCUUUUCAGCGCUUCCUGCUUGUGGUGGCCACUGCACUUAAUGGCUAAAAAUACAUAAAAACUCAAAAUGGACAGUUAAGUGUGGUGGGAACCUUUAUUACCAGUUGCAAUAGCAGUACCUGGGAGUGUUUCGCAGUAAGCGGAGUAGUUUUCAUUUGUCUUCUUACACUUUCCCUCUCUAAAAAAAACAAAACAAAGUCAGGACUCAACAGGUGACAGUUUUGAAUGAGGGGGAAGAAGAGCUAAAUUAGCCAUAAUGAGGUGAUUCGAGAGGCCCUUAAAUACAGGCCGGUGAAAUGAUAUUGUGCUUAAACCAUGUGUUGGGAAACCACACACCACAUCACUUGAACAGAGAGAAUUUCAGUGGAAGCAGUGCUGUCUUUCUGAGCUUUGAAACACUUAGCCUUAAUCAAACAAAAGCAAUCUCUAGUGAAUCAUCCGAUGGAGAGACGAGUUUAAUGCGAUGAUGAAUAAAAGACACUUGCGCUUCUGUUGUCUUUGACUGCUCUCCUCUAGCCCACUUGUUGGUCCAACUUUUGAACACAUUUCAUUAGUCCCUGAUGAGCCAACAAGAAAGACAGGAAAGGGAGCGAGGCGCAAUAAAGUACUCCUUUGUACUUUAUUUUCAAACCCUUGGGGUGCUAAAUCCUAUCCAGUCAAAACAUCUGCUUGAGGCUCCAUGGAGCCACUGAAGAAUAUAUUCAGCCGUGGCCCGCUGUCCAACUGGAAAAAUUUGGAACAAUCGCAAAAAGGGAACUUCACCAACCCUGUGUGGACAGCCUUAUUUGACUAUGAGGCAUCCUGUAAAGAUGAGCUCACCUUACGUAAAGGCGAUCUGGUGGAAGUCCUCUCUCUGGACUCGGAGAUAUCAGGGGAUGAGGGCUGGUGGGCGGGAAAGGUCAACAACAAGGUGGGUAUCUUCCCAUCCAACUACGGCUCCUUCAAGCCGAGUGGAUAUGGAAAACUUCCGGGCAGUGCCGUGGUGGAUGAGCUCGCUCCGGCUGUGGUGGGUGAGUUUGAACCUGAAGAGGUAGAUUUCCGGGAGUUGAGCCUGGAGGAGGUCAUUGGGGUCGGGGGAUUUGGAAAAGUGUAUCGUGGUACAUGGAGAGGAGAGCUGGUGGCGGUGAAGGCCGCCCGCCAAGACCCGGACGAGGACAUCAGUGUGACAGCGCAGAACGUGAGGCAGGAGGCCCGUCUGUUCUCCAUGCUCACCCACCCCAACAUCAUCGCCCUGCAGGGCGUGUGCCUGCAGGAGCCCAACCUGUGCCUCAUCAUGGAGUAUGCCUCAGGUGGGCCGCUGAGCCGUGCUCUGGCAGGCCGUCGAAUACCGCCGCACGUCCUGGUCAACUGGGCUGUGCAGAUAGCCAGAGGGAUGUUGUAUCUGCACAGUGAAGCCAUCGUCCCUGUCAUCCACCGGGAUCUCAAGUCCAACAACAUUCUUCUGGCUGAGCCCAUAGAAAAUGAAUGUAUGGAGGGGUUGACGUUGAAGAUUACAGACUUUGGCCUGGCAAGAGAAUGGCACAAGACCACAAAGAUGAGCACCGCUGGCACCUAUGCCUGGAUGGCCCCAGAAGUCAUCAAGUCCUCCACGUUCUCCAAAGGCAGUGAUGUCUGGAGCUAUGGUGUUCUGCUGUGGGAGCUGCUAACAGGAGAGGCACCCUACAGAGGGAUCGAUGGACUCGCUGUCGCCUAUGGAGUCGCCGUCAACAAGCUCACCCUGCCCAUCCCUUCCACGUGCCCCGAACCUUUUGCGCAGCUCAUGUCAGAGUGCUGGGACCAGGACCCCCAUCGCAGACCCAAUUUCAGUUCCAUCCUGGCCCAGCUGAUGGCCUUGGAGCAGCAGGUGAAGGAAGAGAUGCCGCAGGAUUCGUUCCACUCCUUGCAGGAGGACUGGAAACUGGAGAUCCAGGACAUGUUUGAUGAACUCCGGGCUAAAGAGAAGGAGCUGCGAUGCCGUGAAGAGGAGCUAAAGCGAGCAGCUCUGGAGCAGAAAUCUCACGAAGAGUUCCUGCGGCAGCGUGAGCAACAGCUGGCCCAGUGGGAGCAGGAUGUGUUCGAGCGUGAGCUCAGCCUCCUCAUCCUCCACUUGAACCAGAACCAGGAGAAACCUAAUGUCAAGAAGAGGAAGGGCACCUUCAAAAAGCACAAACUCAAGUCCAAGAACGGCGAGAAGAUCAGCAUGCCCCAAGAUUUCAUACAUAAAAUUACGGUGCAGGCAUCCCCAGGCCUGGAGAAAAGGCGGAACUCUCCCGAUUUGGGUUCGGGCUCCUCACCUUCCUUUGGACCGCGGUUCCGCGCUAUCCAGUUACCCAGUGACAACAGCAGGACUUUCGGUCUCAGCCCAGUCCGGCCCUCCCUGGAUACCUCUUCUCAUAAACAAGUCAACGGAGACCUCAGGUUGAGCCCUCAUUGGAGGCCACAGAGCCCCAAAAGUCCCAAAAGUCCUAAAGUCCUGCGCCUUAGUCCCCAGGAAAGCAGCUUGUCGAUGAGAGCUAAGCUCCUGAAGGCAGACAGCAAUGAGAAUGGAGACUCCAAGGAUGACUUUGAGGAGUACCGACCCGUCACGCCAACCCCUACACCUGCUCAGAAUGGCUCAUCGGUGAAGGAUAGCCCGUGGCCUCCUCUGUCUCAAGGAGACUCGGGCAGUGAGGAAGGGAGUUCUUCCCCAGCUAGCUCUCCAAGGCCUGAGAGGGGGCCUCUCGGUGGCCUGAUUAACAGCACCCACCGAGCCCUGCUGGGCAGCGGCUCCCUGCUUGCCUCCAUAGGACUUGGUCGCUGCCUGGAUAUUCCCCCAAGAGUGCCACCUCGAACUCACCCACCUUGCUUAGAGGGCCGCAGCCUCUCUGAACUUGAGAUUUCUCAUCCUAGGCCCCUCAUUUCAGACCCUCCAGUAGUGGACGAUCUCAUCACCUUCUCCACCUCGGAGCCGCUCCCCAGACCCCUGUUGGAUUUAGCGCUGCAAUACCAAGAACUAAAGCCUUUACCCCUGACACCGCCUCCACCAAACCCCCGCGAGAGGAGCAGCCACCGGACGCCACACAGUCCGCAGAGUCCCAGCAGUGCCUCCAUGCAGCACGACAGGACCAGCCCAGGGGAGUGGACCCCCACUUACAGUUCCAGUAACGGGGAGCUGAGCAGUGACUCCUGGGAACACAGAGCUGACAGGAGGAGGAGGUCCAGCCAAGGCCUGCACGCUUCUCAGCUAGUUUUAGACCUGCCUUUGUGCCAAGACACACAGGACUUUGAUGACAAGGCUCUCCACCCCAACCCUGCGCUCUGGAGCCCCAAAACACGCCGCCUGGAGGUCAGCGUCAUUCCUCGGCCCCGCCCAUCUCCCAUCCGCCCCCGCAUCGACCCUUGGAGCUUUAUCUCAGCAGGUGGUGGAAACUCAGGUGGUGGGCGCAGCCCACACCGCUCAGAAAGCAACUUACUGAGCUAUCAGCCGUCACCCACCAACCCCUUCACCAACUGUGACCCUUUCCCCUCUCCUGACUGCGACCCCUUUGCCCUCAAGGCUGAUCCGUCAAGUGGUUCGGAUGGUGCCUCACCCUUUGACCCCUUCUCAGCUCCCUUUCCCACAUCGCGUUCUGCCCCAUGUUCUGCCAACGGCUCUCCCACACUGCCCUCGUUCCGUAUAGCACCCAUUAACUCAGCUGACUCGGCCCUUAUUGACUUUGGCUGCGGGGCCUGCAACAAGCCUCUGGAUGGCACCAAAGAGAGGGCUCACCCCCGCAGGAUACUGGGGCUCAAGCCAUUCAAGUCCCCGACGCAACUCAAAGACGACAGGUUCUGAAUCCAGCCUUGCCCCGACAAGGGGUUUAUUCUCAAUGAUAUGAGCCUGGAUUUGAUUGCAGGAGCACAGUCCAGGACCGUUUCCACUACUAUGUCCUACUUCGGAACAAGGAUUCGGAUGUUAUAUAAAAAAUUAAAAAAAACAUGCACACUCAUGACUCAACCUACCAAGGGAGGUUUUCCCCUUUGGGAGCACCAAUCAUCACAGGUCUUAUUUAUACACCAGCCUGCUGCUUUGGAAACCAGAAAGCCAGUGAAAGGUGGUACAAUGAAUUGUGGGAUAGCUGCCUGUGAACCAAUAGCUGGUGCCCAUUUCAUUCUCUCUCUUUUUUCCUCUGUUUCUCUAUCCCUUUGAAGGAGCAGGAUACAGAUCACUAGCCCCAUCUUCAGAUUCUAUCAGACUGCUCAUAUCAACUGCUUUCAUCUCCCCUUACCUUUGAAGCAUUGUGACAAUGCAGAGGUGGAUAAGGCGACUUGCACAGCUUCAUCUGCCUCUACCUCUCUGCAGACUGAACGCCUUCAGGACAAUGGAAAAUUGGAGUGCCUUAUUUCGUGAAGUGUUUUUAAUAUAUAUCUUUUCAAGGCUCUUUGAAUGGUUAAUCUGGUGUGUAGGGAAGAUGCUACGAAUCUGGCUUAAAUUUGCAAAUCAGCUUAGCAUUGCAGUGUAAGAAAAAUAUCGUCUGCAUGUAUGUCUAGACUCAUUGUUCAAGGAAAGCUUACUGGGGUUUUUUUUUAAACUGCGUCUGCGUGUUGCAUUAUGGGAGAAAGCACUCUGAGUGGAUACUAGGUCGCUCAAGAAAUCCGAGAUGAAACCGUGACCCAGGCAUUCCACUUGGAAGCAGAUAACAUUCCAGUCACAUUCUGUGGGAAAUGCCAGGAAUUGGCAGAUUCAUUCAGGCUGGCAGGCGACACAGCACAGGAAACAAGACAGGGGUGCCCUCCGCAUUCCCGUCAUAUGCCAAAGAAUGCCACUGUGACUGUGUAAGUCCUGGGACGAAGGCUGUUUGCAAAUGCAUUGUUUUUACCUCCUCAAAGUGCCAGAACAGAACAACACAGAGCAAACUGACACAAUCACACAGAGUAUUUGAACAUAUGGUUCUCAGAUUUUGUUAGAAAUACUGUCUAAUCACCGCCACCUAUAAGAGGUUCAACAAAGUACUUUAAAAGUGUUUUAAAGUACUUUACAAAAAAAGUCUGCUUAAUUUGUAGGCGUUAUCAGUCUCACAACCCAUGAUUCUGAGUUUCUUCAUGUACCAAAAUUUAAUGUCUGAGUAAAUAUGAGCCAGAUGCUUCAUUUUCCCCCCUCCCUAGAGAGUUACAUGUGAAGAUUGAAACCAUCCUUAUUAUCAUUCAUUCGCAAAGCAGAUUGCUUAACAUGGAACAAUAUGGAAAAGUUAGUCCAAGGAAAACAUUCCAGAGAUCUGUGAAGGCCACACAAAAAGCAUUUUCUGUUUUAUCCCUCUGCAGUGACGUCUGGUCACUCAGUGGUUGUUAACCUACCAGCUGAUGACUUAAGAAGAACUUGGUGCUUUUCCAGUCGAAUUUAAUGCUGAUUGACACUUAAAGUUCUAGAUGGACUUGUUACCUUUGACAGGAGCAAUUUUGUUUUUGCUUAGUUUACCUGGCUUCAUGGAUUCCACACUGAAAUGAAAGUGCUACUGAUGUUCUCAUCUAACUCUCCAGAAUAUCUGCUAAAGUUUCUUGAUCGGCAAUGUCCAAUAUUCCCUGGCUCAGCAGAUGUUUUUAGCGUUGUGAGAACAGCAGCGUCCCUCCAAUUUAAUGGUUUUUGUUUUGGUAAAAAAAAA